AUGUCCGCGAGAAGCCGGGCGACCAGGUUCCAGAGAGGGGGGUCAGCGUCAGAGGGCGAAGAUGAGCAGCGCUGGAAAGAGGAGAACGGCGGUGUGGACGCACAUUACAUGAAGAGCGGGAAAACUGAGCGAGACACGGCGCGAGGCUACCGGUACAACAUGAAGGCCAUAGACACCUUCCCGGGCCGAAGAAUGACCCUGCAGCGAGAGAAAGGUCGCAGGCAGGCUGUCCGCGGACCGGCGUUCAUGUUCAACGCACGCGGGAGCAGCCUGACGGCCGAGGAGGAACGCUUUCUGGAUGCUGCAGAGUACGGCAACAUUCCGGUGGUGCGCAAGAUGCUGGAGGAGUCGCACACACUCAAUGUGAAUUGUGUGGACUAUAUGGGCCAGAACGGCCUGCAGCUCGCAGUGGGGAACGAGCACCUGGAGGUGACUGAGCUGCUCCUGCGGCGAGAAAACCUGGCGCGAGUGGGCGACGCCCUUCUUCUGGCCAUCUCCAAGGGCUACAUACGCAUCGUAGAGGCCCUGCUGGGCCACCCGUCGCUGGCCGGUGGAGAGCGCCUCACCCGCAGCCCCUGUGAGCUGCAGGACGACGACUUCUACUCGUACGACGAGGACGGAACGCGCUUCUCGCCCGACAUCACACCUAUCAUCCUUGCCGCCCACUGCCAGAAAUACGAGGUGGUGCACAUGCUGCUGAUGAAGGGUGCGCGCAUCGAGCGGCCGCACGACUACUUCUGCAAGUGCGCCGACUGCACGGAGAAACAGAGGAAAGACUCCUUCAGCCACUCCCGCUCCAGGAUCAACGCUUACCGCGGCCUGGCCAGCCCCGCUUACCUCUCGCUCUCUAGUGAAGACCCCGUGCUCACCGCCCUGGAGCUCAGCAAUGAACUGGCCAAGCUAGCCAACAUUGAGAAGGAGUUUAAGGAUAAAAAGAGGCAUAAAAAAGACACCAUGCAGCACAAUUGCAUCUCUCUGAAUGACUACAGGAAGUUGUCUAUGCAGUGUAAGGAUUUUGUGGUGGGCGUGUUGGACCUGUGUAGGGACACAGAGGAGGUGGAGGCCAUUCUGAAUGGAGAUAUAUCGGCCGAGCUGGAGGAAGGCCAGCAUCACCGCACGCUGCUCAGCAGAGUCAAGCUGGCCAUCAAAUAUGAAGUCAAGAAGUUCGUGGCUCAUCCUAACUGCCAGCAGCAGCUGUUGACGAUCUGGUAUGAGAACCUGUCAGGCCUGCGGGAGCAGCCCAUCGCUGUGAAGUGUCUGGUGGUGCUGGUGGUAGCUCUGGGACUCCCUCUCCUAGCUGUGGGCUAUUGGUUUGCUCCAUGCAGUAAGCUGGGGAAAGUGCUGCGGAGUCCCUUCAUGAAGUUUGUGGCUCAUGCUGCGUCCUUCAUCAUCUUCCUCUGUCUGCUUGUUUUCAAUGCGUCUGACCGCUUUGAGGGAAUCACCACUCUGCCAAAUGUCACGGUAACUGACCACCCGCUCCAGAUCUUCAGGGUGAAGACCACUCGCUUCACAUGGACUGAGAUCCUUAUCAUGGUGUGGGUGGCAGGUAUGAUGUGGUCAGAGUGUAAAGAGCUCUGGACAGAAGGGCCCAGGGAGUACAUCCUGCAACUGUGGAACGUUCUGGAUUUCGGCAUGCUGUCCAUCUUCAUUGCGGCGUUCACCGCCCGCUUCUUAGCCUUUCUGCAGGCCAUGAAGGCCCAAGAGUACGUGGAUGAGAAGAUCCACGCCGCUGACCUGUCUCUGGUCACGUUGCCGCCUGACAUCAAGUACUUCACGUACGCGAGGGAUAAGUGGCUUCCCUCAGACCCUCAGCUUAUCUCUGAGGGGCUAUACGCCAUUGCUGUGGUCCUGAGCUUCUCCCGGAUCGCCUACAUCCUCCCGGCCAACGAAAGCUUCGGCCCACUGCAGAUUUCCCUGGGGCGAACCGUUAAAGACAUCUUCAAGUUCAUGGUGCUGUUCAUCAUGGUCUUCCUCGCCUUCAUGAUUGGCAUGUUCAUCCUCUAUUCCUACUAUCUGGGUGCCAAGGUUAACCCUGCCUUCACCACAGUCGAGGAGAGUUUUAAAACCCUGUUUUGGUCCAUAUUUGGCCUGUCUGAAGUUUCCUCCGUGGUGCUAAAGUAUGACCACAAGUUUAUUGAGAACAUCGGCUACGUUCUGUACGGGAUAUAUAACGUUACUAUGGUCGUGGUUCUGCUCAACAUGCUCAUCGCCAUGAUCAACAGCUCCUACCAGGAGAUAGAGGACGAUGCGGAUGUGGAGUGGAAGUUUGCCAGGUCUAAACUGUGGCUGUCGUAUUUUGAUAACGGUAAAACUCUGCCGCCGCCCUUCAGCAUCGUGCCCAGCCCCAAGUCCUUCGUCCACUGCAUCAGCAAACUCAUCAGUCUGCUGCGCUGCCGCCGUCCCCGCCUGAACAAAGACGUGGAGCUCGGCAUGGAUAGCUCCAAAUCCAGACUGAACCUCUUCUCACAGUCCAACAUGCGCAUGACUGAGUCUCACAGCUUCAGCAGCAUCCUCAACCAGCCCACACGCUAUCAGCAAAUCAUGAAGCGGCUCAUAAAGCGCUACGUCCUGAAAGCACAAGUGGACAAAGAGAACGACGAAGUCAACGAAGGUGAGCUGAAAGAGAUAAAGCAGGAUAUCUCCAGUCUGCGCUACGAGCUGCUAGAGGAGAAGUCCCAGGCCACAGAGGAGCUUUCUGUGCUCAUCCAGAAGCUCAGUGAAAAAGUCAACCUGGCUCCCGUCCACACACCAUAAACAGAGCCUGGCACACAUACACAAACACAGAGUGGCCCUUCAGCGUUAGCCUGAUUCCACAUCGUUUCAUUCUGCUCUUCACGGUCAGGAUGAUAAAGUCCUUCUCUAUCUGAACUCCAGCUGUUCUCUGUGACUCACAGCUGAACUUUGACCGGGCAUUGAGUGACACUUUAUCUAAGUUCCGCCUUCGCUUCACUGACGACAUGCAAACCUGAAAACUCAGUCCAGGCCAUUUCCAGGUGUUUUAAAUGGAAUGCAGAUGUCACUUCUUAUUCUUACUGUGUCAUCUGGCCUAGCAAGUCAAUAGGAACAAUCAUGAUGACACUGCAGAAUUUCUCCCCUUCAUGCACUGACGCUGCUUUUUUCAUUGAACACUCUCACCAGAGCAAAUGACAUAAAUUGCCAUUGUUUAAUUUGGUAUUAAGUGUCACCUAUUGUCCUCUAAGAACAUUGGCUAAACCCUCCAAGAGCUUUUGUCUGUGCCAGAACUGGGAUUGUAUAUUGCCAGUUUCUCUGUUCAAGCAGGUAAACCGGUUCCCUUUGAUAAAUAUAUACUGGUUCAUUAAGAAGAGUCAAUAGCUUAGCUCAGAGCAUAGCUUAACCUGUUGAACCCUAGGCUUAUUAUUCAGUUAUUACCUUUAUAGCUUUACCUAUUGAACCCUAGGCUUAUUAUUCAUUUAUUACCUUUAGACUUAUUAUUCUAUAACAACAGCUUGUUUCAGUAACAACUAUGAGCCCAGCUACCAAAUCGACAUCCUGGGCACACGUUCAGAAUGGCUUUAAAAGUUGGAAACGUUAUUUUGUAGGCUCCCACAGAUUGUAUAAAGGCCUUCUCUUCCAAUGUCCUCACAUCGUUCUAAGAACGUCCCCAUGCUAUAAUAGUAAACGUUCACAUGUCGCAUCUUUGUAGCCUUGAUUUAAAAAGAUCUCCCCCUCCGUUUAGCACCAAAUGUGUUCAUGAAAUAACUCAACUUUAGAAAGAGGAGCUUCAGGCAUGCUCCUUCUAAAUUUUAGUAAUUUCAGAAAUCCAUUUCCAUAACUUCCAACCUAACAUCCAAUAAAUUUCCAUCUCUGCCUUCCAUUUCCUAUGAUGAUGGAAUCUAUUCCCUGUUGGUCAGGCUUUCAUAUCAGUUGCACUGUUCAUUAAGGGGGUCGGGGGAUGGUGGGUCUGGCCUUCUAGCUUAAAGCAGAAGCUGCCCAGAACUUGUGCUGUUCUCAGAGUUCUCUCCCCUCCUACAGUCGAACAGUCUCGUCUCAUAACACCACAUGGUCCAAACACGACAUCUAAAACCUACAUACUAAUUGUUUUAAACUCUUUCUACAAAAAUGGUUGGAUGUCCAAUGAUUAUUGUUCUCUGAAUGGUGUAACUGCAAAUCAGUUUCAGAGCAUGUAGUGGACUCGUUUGUACAUGAGGUUCUCAGUAGAAUAUUGCACAUAAUGCUGUUCAGAAGCUGAAACUAGAACAUCCGCUGAUGUUAGGUGGACGGCCCUUGUUAGCUGGAAACUAAAUGCAAGUUAUGUAGUAAUCAAAGUGGGAAACUGAAGCAUUCGCCCACAUACUGGUUAAACCCUGUGAGAUGAAUCACAGAGCUGUCUGGUUCUUUUCCUUCUUCUAAAAUGCUCUCCUUCAACUUUAGAGAGACUUGUCAGUUAAUGGUGGGCUGAUGAAUCACUUACUGUUCAGACUAAUAUGAGACAAAUAUGAGGAAACUUACUUCAUUUUCCUGAACUAAUCAGUGACACAACAAAUGUGAGUAGUGACAACAUUCUGGCAUUGACUGUACCAUAAAUCAAAUAUCUGUCGAUAUCUGUAUGGAGUCUCGUCAAACUCCAAGAUAGCAGCACAAAGAUGAUGAACCUGAUUAGGGCUGCCACUGUAGACUAAAUUAGCAAUUGACAAAUCUGCUGAUUAUUUUGAGUAAUUUGAGUAAUUCAAUUUUUCAAAAGAGGCUGAACAAUAAAAAUUUACUGAACUAGAAAAAAAAGAUUCAUGAACUUUCAAAGAUUCCAAAAUAUUUUACUGCUAAAAUAUAAACAACGGCUUUAAAAUGUAAAAGUGUGCGUUCAUUAGGCUCUGUUUCUUCUUGGAAGGGAGGACUGUAGGAGAGUUGAAAAAAAUGCAUUGUCAUCAUACGACUGCCAACUAAUCAUGGCUGAGUCAUCAAGAAGUAGAAUUUGAAUCAUUUUUGAAUUGAGUAAUCAUAACACUGAAACCUAGGGAUGAACCGAUAUCAUCAUUUCAUGUUGCUAUGUGUCAAUGUCAUACAUAAACAUUAACAUUUACUUCUGUAGGGUUACAAAUGCAGUCAAAGCAAUCAAUUGCAGAUAAUUUAGCACAGCAAUUCAGCAUCACCUAAAAGUUCUGCUCUCCUGGAGUUCAUACAGCAUCAAAUCUCCUUUUAACAUGUGUUACAUCUAAAUAUCUGCCCAAAGCCGAUAAUAUUUAUUUUAUAAUUAUCUGCUUAUGCUGAAAUGAUCGUGCAUCCCCACCUGAAGCUGAUACAGAACACACUGCUGCACAGUGUCUGUGUCACUAACAUGAGGAGCUGUAGGCAAGUCAGUCACAUAGUGGGAGUCACAUAGAGUCCGAUUAGAGCAAGGAAGCAUCAUCUAGCUACUGUGGCCUGGAAGCAGUUUUACAGGUUUGUGCUGUACAUACACUGGACGUGAAGUGAGGCCUGAUUUCAUUCAUAUACGUUACAGUGAAUGAUUCUGUGUGGUAGGUACAGAAUCUAAAACAUGGGUUUGGCUUGUCUGCUUAUAUAUCUAUUUAUAAUAAUUUAUAUAAUGAUUUAU